CGUGCUGCAGGCUCCGCAUCACUACCAAUCCCACGUCGACUGUGCUGAAGAUGGCCAAGCUCUUCCUCCUCCUCCUCUUUGGCGCCCUCGUCUGCUCCGCCGGUGCCAGGAAACUCGCUAGCAAAGCGCCUUUGGAGGAGAAGAGCUGGUUCCACAAAGGUCGUGGCCAUGGGGGUGGCUCCGGCGGAGGAGGUGGAUACGGUGGCGGAGGUGGUUAUGGUGGUGGAGGUGGGUAUGGUGGCGGCGCCGGGCACGGAGGUGGAUAUGGUGGUGGAGCUGGGUAUGGUGGCGGCGGCGGGUAUGGUGGGGGUGGAGGAGGAGGCUAUGGAGGUGGAGGUGGUGGUGGACAAGGCGGAGGCUACGGAGGAGGAGCUGGCGCUGGCGGUGGGUAUGGAGGUGGUUCGGGUUAUGGCGGAGGAUAUGGAGGUGGCGCUGGAGGCGGUUACGGUGGCGGUGGUGGGUCAGGCGGCGGCUACGGCGGAGGAGCUGGUGGCGGUGGACACCCAUGAAGGAUUCCGACGAUGAACUGCGUUGUGUGUCGCUUUCAUUGUAUCGUAGUACGUAUGCUUGUCGAGAAUAAGUUGCGCAGCAUCAGCAUGCAUUACUUCAACCGAUGAUGGCUUGCCCUAAUUAUAUUUUGUGCACGAUGUAAUAUUUGGUUUGACAUAUACCAAUAUUAUUGCUAGAUCAAAUCACAAGUUAUGCGA